AUGCCAGAAAUCGCCUGGUUGCCGUUAGCACUCGUCGGAAAUCGCCUGGAAUACCGGAAGCUCUCGUCGGAAAUCGCCUCAACAGAGCUCUCGCUUCUCACUAAGUGCAAAGUGAUUUCGCCCCCGGGGUCAUCCCUAUUUAUAGGGCGAGGGUUUGCAACGGUACACCUCGAGAAACCAAACGGCGCAUUAAUGCGCCGCGCACCAUCAUUGCUUCCACCACGUGUCGCUCAUCCUAUGGGGGGACUGACGGCACGCGAGGCGCGGAAGUCGAAGCGCUCAGAUGUCCCUUCAUCCGUCCACUCGACGCGACCUUCUGACUUCGCCAACUCCAGCCUCUAA